AAUUGGCAUCAUUGUGUUAUGCUUAUGCCGGGUUAAAGAAGAGAGAAGACAUUUUUUUGCUAUUAAAUUAACUUUCUAAAUUAUGUUUACAUAAGAUCUUAGAUAACAUUUUAUCUUAAUUUCUCUUAACUACAUUGUAGUUUACCAUUCAAUUAUGACUGAAGAGCUACCUUUGAUAGCUCAAGUGAGCAAUGUUUCUACCUUGGCCACUUUGGAUCAAAUGGAGAAACUGUUUGGAUUUAUGGGAAAAAUCAAAGAUAUUAAAAUGUACCCUACUGUCUCUGUGGUACAGCCUCAAUUUAAAGUAUGUUAUGUAAAAUAUGCGGAAUCGUGGAGUGUGCGAGUUGCUUUACAUCUUACUAACACUGUCUUUAUCGAUAGAGCGUUAGUUGUUGUUGCUAUUCCUGGUGAUACAAUUCCUAGUGAAGAUAACACAGCUUUCGAUCUUCAUAAUCCAGUGUCAGCAUUACCAGGUUUAUUGUCGUCUGGAUUCAAAGAUGUUAGUAAUGAUAUCGCCGCUGUGGAUGGUAAUUUAGUAAUUACGUCUAUUGAUACCAAUUUAGAUAUUUUGGGUCUGCCUCAAUAUCCUCCAUUGUCUGCUGAUCAAGAUCCCAAUACUAUUGAAGAAAUAAGGAGAACUGUUUACAUUGAAAAUAUUAGCUCACAAGUAACUGCUUCACAACUUCUUGAUUUUAUAAACGGAGUUGUGGGUGAAGUUAAAUAUCUCCGUAUGGCCGGCCAUGAUGAUAAGCACAUGACUCAAUCUGCAUUUGUUGAAUUUACUGAUCGAGCUUCUAUUGUUAAAGCUCUUCAGUGUGAUGGAAUAACGUUAAAGGGUAACAAAUUAAGCAUACAACAUUCAAGUUCAGCAAUCGUUAAACCUCAAAAGGAUUCUGAAGUUAUAUCUGAAAAAGAUACUGAAGAAGCAAUGAAGCGUUUGAAAGAAGCUGAAAGCCUUAUUGCUAGGGUGGUUGAACCUGAAAUAAGUGGUAAAUCUUCUCGUUCUAGACGGCGUUCCUCCUCGAGAUCAAGGCGAAGAUCAUCAUCUAGGUCGAGACGGCGAUCUAGAUCAAGUUCAAGGCGGUCAUCGCGUAAGAGAGAUAAAAGAUCUCGUUCCAAAGACAGAAGAAGAUCUCGAUCUCCCAGACGGAGAUCAACAUCUCGAAGAAGAAAAUCACGUUCUCGAAGUAAACAGUCCAAAACACACCGAUCUCGCUCUAGAAGUAAACCUAGACGUUCCCGGUCUAGAAGUCGUCCAAGAAGAUCCAGAUCAAGAAGUAAAGCUCGACGUUCAAAGCGAUCCUAUUCCAGAAGUAGACGAUCUCGUUCCAAGACAAGUGAUUCAAAAAGUAAGUUGGGGAAGAAGAGUCGUAGAUCAAGGUCUAGAAGUAUUCGAUCUCGAAGAAAUCACCGUUCUAGAUCAAGAAGUGGCUUGGCCCGCACCAAACAUCGUAGGUCCCGUUCUCGCAGUGCACGCUCGCGUUCAAGAAGCAGAUUAUCUAAAAGGAGCCGUAGAACCAGUUCUCGAAGUCCAACACGUUCUAAAACUACUAAGAGAUCUAAUUCUAAGAGUCGUUCUUCUGUUGCUAAAGACAGAUCUCGAUCGAGGAGUAAAACUUCUCAAGUUACUAAAGAUCCUAAGUCUGUUAAAGUAUCAAUCUCGUCUUCGAGAUCUCAGUCACCAGAUGCAUCUAAACUUCCACUUUUAGGAGAAGAAAGUGAUAAAAAAGCAGAAGAUGAUAAGUGCAUGCCAGACAUUGAAAUGAAGUCUACAUCACCAGCAAGGUCAGUGGGUAGUCCAAUUACAAGCUACCCUGUAGAGGAAAAGAUUGGUCCUAAAAUUGAGAUUAAGUUUGAAAAUAUAGAAAGUGAACAACCUGAGAAUAUGGAAAUUGAUAAAAAAGAAAUUGAAGUAGCUGUAUCGGAAAAAUCACCAAAUGAAAAUAUUUUAACUGUGGUUAAAGAAGAUGCUGAAUCAAAAAUAAAAACAAGAGAUAAGACUAAAAGUCGAUCAAGGUCGAGAAGUCCUAGUAGAGUAGCCAGCAGGUCCGGAAAGUCUUCGAGAAAGCCCAGAUCGAGGUCAAGAGAUCGUAAACGAUCUCGUUCUCCUGUGAGAAAAAUAAGGAGGCGGUAUUCUUCAUCCGAAAGUUCAUCAAGCAUUGAAAAUGCGCGGAAUCGUGGCAAAAAGUCUGUGUCACGACCUAGAUCUAGGUCACCUCGUAAAUCUAGCAGGCGUUCGUCGAAGCGCUCUGAGUCACCUGCUUCAAGACAUCGUUCUCACAGGGAUAAAAAAUUGAGAUUGAGAAAACGCUCUGUUUCAAGAAGUCCUGCUAAACGAUCAAUUUCUAGAAGUCCAAGACGAUCUCAGGCUAAAGAGAGUGAUAAAGAAAUUUCUCGCUCCUCUUCUAAAAAGGAAGGACCUGAAAUUCUAAGAAAAAGAAGCUGUGACAGUGAUGCAAAAGCUUCAGAGUCUGAUUAACUUUAAUAUCAUUUUUUUUUUUUUUUUUUGCAAGUCUCUGAUUCAUU